UCUUUAAAGAGGAGAGAGGACUGUACCAGGACAAGGUGUUCUGCUUCAUCCAUCUGAGUGUUCAGGAGUUUCUGGCUGCUCUUCAUGUCCAUCUGACCUUCAUCAACUCUGGACUCAAUCUAAUGGUAGAAGAACAAACAACCUCCAAGAAGUCUGAAACAAGAGAAUCUGCAGAGAAACACUUUUAUCAGAGUGCUGUGAACAAGGCCUUACAGAGUCCAAAUGGACACCUGGACUUGUUCCUCCGCUUCCUCCUGGGUCUUUCACUGCAGACUAGUCAGUGUCUCUUACGAGGUCUCCUGACACAGACAGUAAGUAGCUCACAGACCAAAAAGGAAACAGUAAAGUACAUUAAGGAGAAACUCCAUGAGAGUCUGUAUGCAGAGAAAACCAUCAAUCUUUUCCACUGUCUGAAUGAACUGAAUGAUCAUUCUUUAGUGGAGGAGAUCCAACAGUACACAAGUUCAGGACGUCUCUCCUACGAUAGAAUUUCUCCUGCUCAGUGGUCAGCUCUGGUCUUCAUCUUACUGUCAUCAGAAAAAGAUCUGGAUGUGUUUGACCUGAAGAAAUACUCUGCUUCAGAGGAGGCUCUUCUGAGGCUGCUGCCAGUGGUCAAAGCCUCCAACAAAGCUCUUCUGAGUGUCUCUAAACUCUCAGAGAGAGGCUGUGAAGCUCUGUCCUCAGUUCUCAGCUCCCAGUCCUCUACUCUGAGAGAGCUGGACCUGAGUAUAAACACCCUGCAUGAUUCAGGAGUGAAACUUCUGUGUGCUACAGUGGAGAGUCCAGAGUGUACCCUGGAAACGCUCAGACUGAGUCUUUGUAAUUUGUCAGAGAGAAGCUACGAAGCUUUGUCCUCAGUUCUCAGCUCCCAGUCCUCUAGUCUCAGAGAGCUGGAUCUGAGUAACAAUGACCUGCAAGAUUCGGUAGUGAAGCUGCUUUCUGCAGGACUGAGAAGUCCACACUGUAAACUUAGACUGAGUCACUGUCAGAUCUCACGGAGAAGCUAUGAAGCUCUGUUCUCAGUCCUCAGCUCCAAGUCCUCUAGUCUGAGAGAGCUGAACCUGAGUAACUCUGACCUGCAGGAUUCAGGAGUGAUGCUUCUGUCCUUUGGAGUGAAGAGUCCACAUUGUAAAAUGGAUACUCUUAGAGAUCAACCUUUCACAGGUACAGAUGUUGCAGCUGUGGCCAAGUACUUGUGUGCAGUCGAGGCCGUGCUGCAUGUUUGGAACAGCACUCCAAUGGACAGACCUCUGUACUGAUGGUGGGCUCUGCUCUGUAUCCACCACACUGUUCUCAGCUGAGUCUUCCUCCUGUACACACUCUGAUGAAGCAGCCAAUAGGGCCAACUUUUUCUCUGGUGGCUCGGAUGUUGUUGCUUCCACAGGUUUCUCUCCAACAACCCUCCGUUCCUUGAGUAAGUUGGUGACUGAGGCCAAAACUUCAGCCCUCUCAGAUCUGGAUAAACACUUGAGGUCCUUGAAUUUGGCUUCAGUGCAGCAGCAAUUUUCAGAUAUACAAAUGUCCACUCCAGCUGUAGUUGCCAUGGCAACCUUGGUGUUGUGAGGACGUUCCUGAGCGGCUGCUUGUUUCUGCAGAUCAUGUCCAGAGUGGAUGGAAGUCCAUCUGGUUGGACUGUCUUGUAUUAGUGACUUUUUCUUUUGUCCAUGUUCAAUUUGUUGCUGUUCUAAUUCUGCAGCGUUUGCUGGACUGUGUUUAAAGUGGCCCACAACCUUUGUGCACUUGGCCAGGACAUUGUCAAACUCACUGUUCUGCAGAGAUACUGUGACAGAACGCUGGAGAACGUGCACGAUGCAGGGACGUGUUCAAAGGCAGACGUCUGGCAGCAACCAUCAUAUUUCUUGCACUAUCUGUACUGAGUGGGCUGACUUUAUUUCAAA